CCAAUAAAUGAAAUCAGGACUCAGCCAUUGAAACCAUCACUUAUAGUGUCUGCAAGCAAAGAUGAAUCUGUUAGAUUGUGGAAUGUCCAUAUCGGUAUAUGCAUUCUGAUAUUUGCUGGUGCCGGGGGUCACCGCAAUGAAGUUUGAGUGUGGAUUUCCAUCCUUCAGACAUUUAUCGAAUUGCAAGUUGUGGGAUGGACAACACUGUUAAGAUUUGGUCAACGAAAGAAUUCUGUACUUAUGUUGAGAAAUCAUUCACAUGGACCGAUCUUCCUUCAGAAUUCCCAACAAAAUACGUACAAUUCCCUGUGUUCUUAGCUUCGAUUCAUUCAAACUAUGUGGAUUGUAAUCGGUGGCUUGGUGAUUUCAUUCUGUCAAAGAGUGUUGACAAUGAAAUUGUGCUAUGGGAACCAAAGAUGAAGGAGCAAUCUCCUGGAGAGGGUACGGCAGACAUCCUUCAGAAGUACCCUGUUCCGAAUUGUGACAGUUGGUUCAUCAAAUUUUCUUGCGACUUUCAUUACAAUUCCGCUGCUAUAGGGAAUAGAGAAGGCAAGAUUUUUGUGUGGGAACUGCAAAGUAGCCCUCCUGUUCUCAUUGCCAGAUUAUCUCACGCACAGUCUAAGUCUCCAAAUAGACAGACUGCAACGUCCUUUGACGGAAGCACCUUUCUCUGUUGCUGUGAGGACGGGACGAUAUGGCAUUGGGAUGCUGUCCCGACCAACUAA